UCAGCUAUAAUUCAAGUCCACCUGCAAGUGUCUCCGUGUUCCCUCCUCAAGACUUGUUUUAAAGCGCCGACUACCGCGCAUGCGUAAUUUGUUGGAUGGCCAUUUCUUGUGUUGUGGAGGAGUCCAUUCGUACGGCGCCAGCAGGGGGCGACAGAGAUUUGCAACACACGACGACGCAUCACACUGUCAUUACACAAUAAACAAGAUCAUCAUGAAUGCUCUUCUGUGUGAACUUUUGGUCAUCUGCCUCCUCGGAGCACUGCAUGUGGAGGCAAACGCUCAACCAGAGGAGAUGGGGGAAAACGAGCUACACCUCAGGAGAAGAUACGCUGAGUCAACCAUCGCCAGCGAAAUCAGCAAAAUAAUGGAUUCUAUGGUGCAGAAGAACUUUGUGGAUUUCUUGCUCAGCGAAAAGGAGAAAAGAAGCAAGUCUGCUGCUGUAGAAGAAGAGCCAGAGGAACGUCUGUAUAAUGACCUGGUGAAGCUCGGCCUGCAGGGAAAGCAGAGGAAAAACAUCUAGGCUUCGACGAGGUUCAGCGAGGCUGUGGCGUCCUACAGCUCAGACGAAAGCCAUGCAUUUAAUCGUGUGUGUGUGUGUUGUGAAUAAACACGUAACAGCUUUCAAA